AAACAAUUCACGUGCCCUAGACGAUUAUGGCCAGUUUGGGUGUGUGAAACCUAAAACACAACCCCAAAUCUCCAACAUCUGCCUAAAUUUGAGUACACACAUUAGAGGGUGUAAAAGGGAAAUUGAGCUUGUAAACCAUGGAUUUUCCGGAGUUGCAGGUGGGUAGGAAGGUGAUGAAGGCGAUAAAGAAGAAGAGGUCGCACUGGGAGCAGACGUACAGCGUCGAAAUUGAGAAAGAAUGUUUCCCGCAAGUUAUUUCCGCUCUCAAGAAAUCCUCGUAUUCGAACUUUGCCGACAAUGGUGUAGCAGAGCUCCGAAUGAUAGGGAUGGACGUAAUGGAGGGAGCCUGCAAGCUGGUGGCAGAGAGGUUCAGAAAGUGCGUGUUCGAGAGAGGGUUUAACGAGAGGCAAGACGAACUUUGCCGUGCGCUUGUGGAUGUAAAGGAGCUGUGUGAGGCUCUGGACGACGAUAGCCGUGGUUGGCUGGCGCGGGCCAGGCUCGAACGUGACGAGUCGUCACUUUUACUGGCCGAGUCCUUGGACAGAUGGAGACAUGUCUUUGACUCGAAAUUCUUGCCCUGGAUUCAUACCCCAGAUAAGGUCUACCAGCUGAGGAAGUUCCAAGGUCUUGGGUUGAGGCUCGAGAAGCAGAAGCAGACGACCAUCUCCCCAACAAAGCACAAAAACAUUACGAGUUUCGUGGAGAAAGUAAAUCUCAGGAUGUUUAAAUUAUUCAGCAGGACCUUGGUGGUCAGCCCAUCUCAUGUCAGGGAGGUUGUGAGCAGAAUGAGUGAUGUUCCGCUUGUUGAGUUGUCCUCUUCCACUGGUUAUUUACAAAAAGAAGCCUGCCGCCUGACGAAGAAGAGGCUGGUGGGCCUGGACAGCACGAUCGAUGGAAUCUUUGAAGCUUUAGCAGGCUCCUGCACGAAUUCGGGGCCCAGGCCCAGGGGUUUAUUCCUCCUUGUGGGCCGAAGUGGGUCCGGUAUCACAGAGAUUGCCAAAGCCGUUGCGCAACAUUGGUAUGGAGACGAGAGCAGGCUUGUGGAGAUUGAGAUGUGCAAGUAUUACGAUGGAAACCCCUUUGGAAAUGCAACAAGGGAUCCCGAAACCAAGGCAAACCUCGAGCUUUUCUUGAGCCGUUUCUCGGAGGUGGUGAGGAAACGGCCCUAUUCGGUGAUUCUUCUCGAUGGAAUAUAUAGCGCGGGCUUUUGUGUUAAGGGUCUACUCCAAGUUUUACGUGGUGAUACACCAAAUGAAUCCUCCGGAGUUUAUUUUUCCAAGUGUAUUAUUUUCUUGGCUGCAAGACGGGGGCGUGCUGGGCCUGGGCUUAAUGCGAACUGUACAUGCUUUGGUGAAAGACCACAACUCGAGGAGGCAUUCGAGCGCGAACCAGCAGGAUUCGAGAGGGCCCACGACUGUUUGCCUAAAAUUUUGGAAGAUGCUCUGUCCAUGGGAAGACGUUUAAUUGGGUCCGAGCUGUUUGAUUCUAUGGUGGUUAGAGCUUUUGCUGUGGAUGUUAGGCACAAUGAGAAGGCUGUUUGUAGAGUGCUUCUCAGGGAGAUGGUUAGAGAAGUUGGUGAGGGAAGGAUGCUUGCGCAUAUCUCAGAUGCUGCUUUGAACGCCAUGCUUUGGAAUUCACGUGCUAGUUUCUGGUUAUCCACUCCUGGAAAGCUUUUGAAAGAAAUGUUGGUUGAGGAGGUCCGGCCAAAGUUGGUGGCAGCCAGAGGUUGUUAUAAUAGCAAUGUUAUUGUAUAUAUCGACACCUUGGUUGGAACGGGCGAGCUGUCGUUUAGAUUUGAAGAGAACAAAGGAAACCUAGCCGAUGCGUACUUCAAGCACAAGGACGGGACAUUUGGCAGCGUGGUGGCCAAUUUGGGGUUAAAACUGCAGUCGGCAUGCAAUCUGUUUGAGUUGCGCAAACGGAUUAUGUUUCAUUUGAGUCCAACCAAGGGAGACAAUGUACAGUUGGGGAGGUCCCUACUGUACAUGUGCAAAUAUCUCUCAAAUUUUUCUCCUUUGUCUCCGAGCUUGGAGGAGGUAGUAACAACAAGGGGAUUAACAGUGACAACAUCUAAUUCGGGUGAAGAGAAGUCGAAGUUGAAGGAUAUAGUGAUGAGGAGUUUCUUAGCAAAAGCCGAUACAAGUCCUGCUGAAGCAGUUGCCCGUGUUAUAAUCGAUGCCUUAUCCAAGAUGGUUGAUGCUCCACUGGAAGAUUAUUUCCCUCCCACUGCCAGAUGUCACCUAAUUUUAUGCCCGCACGAUGACGAUGCUAAGAGGCAACUGAUUGUAUAUCUGAGCGAAUCCCUCAAGUCGAAUUUCACGCACGUCAAUCUAAGAAAUAACAUGAGCAGCGGCCAUCAAAUCAAGAAGUUGCUGAUGGAGGUUGUGAAGGAGAGGAUUUUUGCUGUUGUCAUGCUCGAUGGAGUUGAGCAUUCGGAUGCUGUCCUCUAUAGGAGCCUUCUCGAGAUCCUUGAUAAGGGUGCUCUCGUUGAUGACAGUGGUCAACCCGUUGACUUUGGGGGAGCUAUUGUUAUCCUCACGUCAGAGGCCGCCAACUGGCAGGCAGUUACUGGCUUCUUUGAUUCCUCACCGCGUGAUGAGGAUACAGAUACUAAUCAGAAUAUUACGAAACAUGGUGGAUCUGAGCUGCUUCCGUGGGUUGCGAUGAAUAGGCAGCCUCCAGAGAAGAGACGUAAAGUGGAGUCGCUUGCCCGGGUUCAAAUAGUUCCCCGCCUUGUUGAGGAGGUGAAACGAUUUAGGACGGAAUUGCUUAACCGGGUGGGUGAAAUAAUUCUUUUUAACCCAACAGGUUCACGCGAGCAUGGACACAUCCGCAGGCUUUCUAAAUGCAACAACUUCAUCAAAUGCUCCGCAACUAAUGCUGUAUCGGUUUCGAGCAUCAUUAGAUUGUUCCAAUGUGGCGAUAGAGACGACGGGUUUUUUGAUUAUUUACAACAACAGUUGUCAUCAUCGCGUGUCAAAUUCCAUUUGUUGGGGAGCGUGGAAGAUAACUAUGGAGUUGAGGAGACCUGUUCCUCUUACUUUGUAAGUUAUGAAUGAAUGGCUGAAUGAGCUUUAAUUUAAUAUAUGUAUGGUACUGUUUAAAAUUAAUUAAGUUUACGUUAGCGGGUAUUAAGUCGGACGCAUAGAUGUGAACUCGAACUGAACAGGACAUUUGUUGGGUCAAUCUGGUGAGGAUGCAUAUUUGUUGUUGGUGAUUUGUCAUGAAUCGAAAGAUAAUAUGUCGUAAAAUUAAAUGAGACGAAGUUAGUCUUAACUUGGUCGAUGCUGAGGGGCUUCAUUAAAUACGAACGAGGCCUAAGUUGUCG